AUGCCACCUGUCAGUGCCCAUCAGUGCCACAUCAUCAGUGCCACCUAUCAAUGCCAGUCAGUGCCACCUAUCAGUGCUGCCAAUCAGUGCCACCUAUCAGUGUCAGUCAGUGCCACCUAUCAGUGCCCAUCAGUGCUGCCUAUCAGUGCCAGUCAGUGCCGCCUAUCCCAGUCAGUGCCAGUCAGUGCUGCCUAUCAGUGCCGCCUAUCAUGCCAUAUAUGAGUGCUGCCUUUCAGUGCCCAUCAGUGAUGUCUGUCAAUGCCCAUCAGUGCCACCUACCAGUGACUCCUCAUCAGUGCCCAUCAGUGCCACCU